GCGGCAUGAAGAGCUUCCCCGUGGCCGGCGGCCGUAGCGUCUCCCUCGCCCUCUUCUCCGAUGUCUCCAACAGCCAGGAGCUCCUCGACCUGAUGCAGUCGGGGAAGCUGGAGCCAGAGGCCGCUUUUAUCAAUGCAUCGCUGGUGCCGGAUGUGUUCCCGGUUCUUGCGGCAGCGCACAAGGCGCUGCUCUCGAAGUCGAGGGAGUCGCUGACUACGAGGACCCUGCACUCCGAGCUCGUCUACAACUACUCUGGUUCGAAGCAUAUAUCAGAGUCCCUGAAGCGAUGCGGUAUCGCUGAUGACACACAGUAUAUCCUCGCAGCUCGGUUUGAUGCUUCAGAUGAAGAGAUGAAAGCACUGGAAAAGCUCAUCAGCGGAACCGAGAUUGAUCUAUCGGAAUUGGAGUCAAGAGCAAACCAACCAAAGAUUCUGAAGCAAUACAAAAUAACUCCACAGGAACUAUCAAUAUCUACACUGCCAGAUGCAAUCGUUUGCAGGAUUGCUGCUCGAGACGCCCUCUGAGGUCUUAAACGAUGGCCAGGAUGCUUUCCAGCUGUGCGUGUCGAAUUCUUUGGACGAACACUGCAUCUGUUGCGCACUUGCGCCUCCAGUUGAUGGUCAAGCUCGCGGCAGGACGUUUCAAGCCUGAGUUUAGGAAUUGCAUUACGAUAGGCAUGUAGUGUUGGAUGCUGUAGCAACAAUUGAAUAUUUGUAUGGUGACAGGCUCUAAGAUCACUUCGUCAAGAUUUUAGGCAGGCCACCUGCAGAGAUAUUGCGAUGUUGAUUCA